AUGUCACUUCCUGAGCAUUUAGACACUGAGGAUAUUAAUCUCCAAUUCAAAAAGUACCAGGAACAGGUCGCUGACAUUCUCCAGGCAUAUUCGGCUAAUCAAGACGAUGCUCUUUUGAGUGGUUUCCUUACUUUUGCGCAUUCUAGAUGUGUCAAGUACAUCGACGAACUCAUGGCGCCAGAGAGCGCGCCAGUGAACAGUGCCGAAGUCGCACAACUUAUCAUGGACAACUGCUGGAAGUGCGUCCACUACCCCAUUUUCAAGUGGUUCCAGCUAUGGAGGCAGCACUUGAUCUCUUCCAAAGUGGAUCAAAAACCAAGGAUUGUGGAAUUUCGCAAGCUCAACGCCAAGCUUACCAAGUUCUUCAAGGCCAUUCACAAGUUUUACUAUGGUGUUAUAGAACGCAUCACCACAACGUAUGAUUUGCAUAGCAUAAUACCGAAGCCGUUGCUUCUACAACUCAACUUGAAAGCAGGACCCACAGUCACCUCACCAGGCUUUCCUCUAGGUAAUGAAGAUGCCAGAGCUGCCUCCGUUAUGUUUUUAGUCCAUGGUUCGCUUUUGAAUCUGGGGUCUUGCCAUCGGUACAAAAGCAUGUGCGAAAAGGUGUACAAUGGUCCCCAGGAUUUUUCACUUUUCAAAAAGACCAUGAGAUAUUUCAACUUGGCGACAUUAGUGCUACCAUCUGUGGGGGAAUUGUAUCUGCAGAAGGGUUUAGUUUACGUUCAUGUUGGAGAUUUUGGCUCCUCCACCUAUUCGUUUGCCAGAAGUGCUCUGUCGCGUCUGCCAAGCAGCGCUGGCUUUGCCAAUUUUAUGAAUUCCGUUUGUGAUCGUAAAAGUAAAAUUUUCAACCAGAUUGUAGGCUCCUUCCAUGAUGUGCACAAACAGGCUUCGCAAGGGAAGAUAGUCAAUCGCGAAAUCAUAGAAAUAUACUUUUUGGUGUUGUUUGGAUCAAAGUUUGCGCCGGAAUUAUGGAUCGGUAAUGAUCAUAAAAGUUUAAUCAGCGAGAUGAUGCUAACGCACGUUGAACAGCAAGUCUUGGGUAAGACGGCAACAAAAUAUGCAAGAAACCUUGAAUCAAUCUUUCAGAACUUGGUUUUAAUUAUUGGUGGGUUUGAUAUCCUCAAAAUUUUGAAUCGUAAGAGUUCACAAACAUCGAAUGCCCAAGAAACUGAGUCGAAAUAUCUUGCAUUUGCUUUAGAUUACAUCAGUAAUUUCAUUGACAACGUGGUUAUAAAAGAACUGGACAAUGUAAAUGAGUGGGUGUACUUGGCUUUUGUCCGUGUUUGUGAAUGUUGGUUAACUACGAACAAAAGCGUUCUCCAUUUUGCGCAUCGCAGUACCAAGUUUUGUGAGGUGAUGAUGACGUUGAUUAACCUACUACUUGAUCACCUUUCCACCAGUUCGAAACAGAAAAUGGAUCUGACUCACAGACCUCGUCGACCAUAUUUCUUUGAGGAGGACGUGAUGCUGCGUGAUUUCAAACCCUUGAAAUAUUCUUUAUGUGACUUCAAAGAUUCAGAACUUUUCCAGGGCGACAACUCAUCUCAAGCGCUAAUUGGAAUGGUUGACAAGAAGAUAUCGAAAAAAGAGGAGCACGAAUCCAGAAUUUUGGCUAUCGUUGUGUCUGGAAAGAAAUUUUUGGCGAAGAAUGCUUGCGGAAUUCAACUGGUAGGUGAUAAAUAUGUUAGAUCUGCAGUCAAGACGAUGGCAGGCCAAGCAUGGGACCCUAAACCAAGCAAACUUGAAAAAUCGGCCACCAAUGAUAGCUGGUCUAUUCAAAAAGACAUUGGCUCUGCUAAAUGGGGUUAUAGCGGCUCCUCGGUACCACUGGCCCCAAGCACUUUGGACAUCAGGCCUAGUGUGGAGUUUACUCGGCACCAAAAACCCAAAAUAUCCGCUAAUUCAAGUAAUCAUAGUGCCGAAUUUGCCGAUCAGUUUCUGCAAUCAGAGUCAUCUUCAUUUCGCGCUAAUUCUUCGUCACCAUCUCACCCUAUAUCAAAUUUAAUCUCCAAAGAAAGUGCUAAUGGCUCAGGUCUUUCGAGCAGCAAUAGUCAAAGUAAAGGAUCCGAUAGUGCUGCUUUCCCUCCUCCCCCUGGCAUAAAAACCGCUAUCGAACCUCCUAUCAUGAACUCAGUAGCGACGGAGAGAAGGUCGCCAUUUUUGGCAAACUUGCCCAGUGCGCCACCUAUCUAUCCAAGCAUACCCCUCCAGUCAACCUCGUCAGCAGGCCAGCCGCAAGGAAUGCCCCAACAAUCAUUUGACAUUCCAUUUGGUGGAAACGUACCUCCCCAUGUCAUGAACUCAUCUUACGUGCCCUACUGGCCACAACAUUAUCAACCGCUUCCCUACAAUAAUUUGCCGCCACCCGUACAUGGAGUGCCCGUGAAGCACCCUAACGUAUUUGUCCAGCAACAGAGUGGAUCGCAAAAUCAACCCUAUGCUGCAAGUUACGGCUUCCCCCAGUAUUGA